CCAAUUUUUCACAGCCUGCUUUCGGGUCGCUAUUCGGUCGCGAUAAAAAUACAUACGUGCGUGUGUUUGCUGUUGUUUAGAAACAUCCUUGGGAAGUUUUUCAAACAACAGCGAAGAAGAAAAGUAGGUAAUGUCGCGCCAGUGCCAUAUCAUAUAACAUUUAAAUUAGUAAACAUCUUCAGUUGUUGUUUUCCUGUGAUUGCAACAUAGACGUGAAUGCAGGUUCACGUUAAAUGUGAGACUUGAUCAGAGCUGAAAGAAGUGACAGUGAUAAGAUUCAGUAUAGGAGCCUGGAACGUGUAGUGAAUUAGAAUGGUUCUUAAUUGAAUGAAACAAGUGUCGCGAAACUAAGUAUCCUGUGUCAUUGAAUAUAGUGAUUUUUUUAGACCCAGCCUUGGGGUGUCUGCAAGUGACCCUUUACAGAUGCCAGAGCAUCGCACAAGAGAUUAGUGGAAACAAAAAGUUUAAUUUGUUAGCUGGAUGAAAAUUUUGUAGCAGGUAUUUCCAUCCCAACACAUUGAAGAGUAAAGUGUUACGUAAACGCAAAGUUCUCAAAAGAGCAGAUAGGAACAGUGAACAACCCACUGUGCAUCGAGAAGAGGAACGACGGCAAGAGAACACAACACUCGCCAGUCCGUCGCGACGUCGCGAAUGCUCCAAUUUUGGUACAUGACCAUACAAACGAGCGUGUAAAUAAAAAAAACCCCCGUCGUCUCGUUUGAAUGGUAUUGGUGUGCAAAAAGUAAAACCUGAAGCACGCGGCGACAAUGACGGCAAAAACCACAUCAGUUGUUUUGCGACUUGGGCUCAGUGCGCUACCCGCGGAACCCUUCGGGAAUUUGAACAACAGCACCUCUCGUGCACUGCUCUACCUUUGUGGUGGCUUCGGAGGUACUAGCAGCUUACGGGGUAAAGUAGAUCACUUCCGGCGGAUUCGGCAGCAUCAGUGCAUUCGGUACUACUCGAGAUACUCGGCCAAUAAAAUCAUGACCGGCACGGAUACGUUUCGCUUUGCGGACUAUGAUUGUAUUGGGUUCGAUUUGGAUAAUACGCUGUUGCGUUAUCAGGUCGGCAAUGUAAUAGAGCUCGAGUAUGGAAUCAUGUCCAAAUUUCUAGUGGAAGAACGAGGAUACUCGGGCAAAUAUCUACUGCAGCCUCCGGAUUUGGAUUUCCUGCAGAAAGGUUUGAUCAUAGAUUUCCAACGAGGAAACAUCCUGAAACUUGGCCCGGAUGGAACGAUUCAUCAAGCCACACACGGAACCAAGAAGAUGGCCGAGGCGGAAAUUAUGGCCUAUUACGGAGAUGAGAAAAAGUGGGAAGUUACCAAUGAAUACUGUGAAAAUAUGUUGGUCGCCUGGAACGGACCUCUUUCGGAGAAGAUCCGAACGGUGCUAGAUUACUUCGAUAUCUGCUCUACGCUUCUGUUCGGUAGAAUUAUCGAUACCCUUGACGAGGAGGCUCAUGAAAGAAUAGGCAGUUACAACAUAUGGCCGGAUAUACUGGAUGCACUAGUCAACAUGUACUCUCGGGAACACUUUGGCCGAAAUGUUGGAGGCUACUUUGAAGCCUUGAAACAAAAUCCCGAAAAGUAUCUGCAACGUGCAUCUCCAAAACUAAUUGCAUGGCUUCGUGAGAUGAAGAAAUCCAAAACUACGUUCCUUUUAACUGGUUCGCAUAUUGAUUUUGCUAAUUAUACCGCGUCGUACGCACUGGGCCCAGAUUGGCCGGAAUUGUUUGACGUAGUGGUUGGGUUUGCAAAGAAACCUGGUUUCUUCACUGGUGCCAAACCGUUUGUCCAAUUGGAAGGUACGGUUGAAACAGAUCCACUGACUCCUUCGCAGCUGGAACGGAACCAUAUGUAUUCGCAGGGCAACUGGCGUGACCUGAGUAUCCUGUUGCAGCGCCUAUCGCACAAGGAGCAUCCACGUUAUCUAUACGUGGGCGAUAAUCUUAUCCAAGACGUUUAUACGCCGUCUAAAUUUACCAAAGCUGACACCGUUGCGAUAGCGGAAGAAAUGGCCGCGGAAGGCAUGAAGGAUCAGCCCCACUCCCAUCCCGAUGCAUGUUACCUUCAGUCGAAAUUCUGGGGAUCAUACUUCGUCGCCGGUUCCGAUCCACAACUGGAGGAACCCUCGCUAUGGGCAGACCUGAUCAAACGAUACGCUAAGAUUUGCGUACCGAACAUGGAUGAGGUGGCAAAGUAUUCGUUAGAUCAUAGCUACAAUAGUUUUACGGAAAGUGAAAGCUGUGCCGACGGUUACUACCCGGCGGAACCGAUGACGCUGGCCAAUUAGGAUCAGAUCAACUAAUUCCGGAAAAACAAAAAAUCAGCUUCAUCGAUGCACAAAACCAGGCACAUGCCCCUCACGGGGAAAUAUUUGCAGUUAAAGUAUUCGCUCCCCUACUAUUUUUUUUACCAGUUGAAGCUAAUUACGUUUACCAACCGCGCGAAAUUGAAUUCAACUCGUUAGGUCCGCCAAAAUAACACAUUGAAUAAACCACCCGAGCGACAAAAGUGCAGUGCGCCACAACCGUGUAUUGCCCAGAAGUAAAAACAAAAAACAAAAACAUAAUUUAAUAAAUCAAUCCGCGUUAAUAGGCGAUAGUAGUGGCAAUUUGCAAGCGCGCUUUGCACGGUACGACGAACCGCUUCUGUGACAGUUGUGUAUCAUAUUUUAUAGCCGACAUCAUCCCACUCGACGAGACUCCACCCGACCAAAGUCGAGUAUCAAAAUUAAAGCAAAUUGAAAUCAAAAUUUGAUAUCAGUUUACGAUUAGUUACAAAAUAUUGUUUUCGUUUUGCUGAGUAAGAUAGGAAAAUUUAACGAUUUUUGCUCUCACUCAUGUGUAAACGAGUAUUCAGUUUGCUUUCAAUGAGAGCAGAACCAGUACUUCAUUAGAUAUUUUCGGUGGAUUUUUUUUGCCAAAACGAGAGCAGCCUGAGUAACAUCACAACAUCAAAUUUAGUUUUCGAUUUGAUCUCAGACUCGGCUCAGGUACCGCUGCUGGCCUCCGAGAAGCGUUCGCAGGAGGUUUUGAUGCGAGAAUCUCGUGCCCUAUCCCGUAUUUCGCACAAUUGAAUUGAGAGGUGAAUAUUUGAUCAAACUGGAUUUACCACCGCACGAGGUGCGCGGAUUUGUGUGCAAAUACACAUCGUCGAAGUCUCCUGCUAGCAGGUAGCAACGUGCCACUCAUCGUUAGAGCUUGCGGUUGGCAUUAUGUGUGGUUUAUCGACAAUAGCUUUUGAAAAUGUAAAGCAUUCUACCCAGUACCCACUGCUGUUGAAAGUAUGUAGAUCACUUAUUUUUCGAUCAUCAUUUUCAGGAGAUUCUAGAAUAGUUAUUCUUUAUAGUGGCCUGCAAAAGACACAAAAGUCAA